ACAGCGGCGUCACCGAUCUACCACAAGUACGUCGCGGCGCCCGCGGUCGUCGUCUCCAUCAACUACCGUCUCGCGCCCGAGGACCACCUCCCGGCCACGUGCAAUGACGCCUUCACGGCCCUCAAGGCGGUCGUCGCCGCCUGCCGCCCAGACGGCGCCGAGCCCUGGCUCGCCGCGCAUGGCGACGCCUCCCGCGUCGUCCUCGCCGGUGACAGCGCCGGCGCCAACAUGGUGCACAACACGGCGAUAAGGCUGCGGAAGGAAGGCAUCGGGGGCUACGGCAACAAGGUCAGCGGCGUGGCGCUCUUGCAUUCCUACUUCUGGGGGACUGAACCGGUGGGCGGCGAGUUCUCGGACACCGCCUUCUACUACCCCGGCGACAUGGAGCGCGUGUGGGAUGUGGCCUGCGGUGGCGAGUUCGGCCGUGAUCACCCAUACAUCAACCCGGCGGUGUCGCCACAGGAGUGGUGCCAUCUCGGGUCCGGUCGCGUGCUGGUCACCAUGGCGGAGUUGUGCUGGUUUGUGGAGAGGGCGCGCGUGUACGCGGAGGGGAUAAAGGCGUGUGGGUGGGCCGGUGAGCUCGAGUUCUACGAGACCAGGGGAAAGAAGCACACCUACUUCCUGUUCCGUCCCGACUGCGACGAUGCCGCCAAGGAGCUCGCCGUCGUGGCCGACUUCGUCAGGCACUGCUGAGUCUGCUUCGCUUGCUCAUCCGGUGGGUGAUUCAGUAAUAAAGGAAACACGCGAUU